ACAGGAAGUAUCUGACACUUUAUUUGCAAGUCACAUCACAACAGGACAUGAUGGAUAUUGUCUACGGCACGUAUUUAUUAGUCUUUCUUUCAUGCAAAGUGGUGUGUGAUGACGCAUCUCCCUGGACCAUUGACUUGCCAUCUUCAGUCCGAGGACUCCCUGGAUCUUGUGUGGUCAUUCCGUGCUCAUUCGACUUUCCAAGUUCAAGAACACCAGUCAGGGAAUUCACUGGGCUUUGGUUCAAUGAAGGAAAUCACCUGGUGUACCACUCUGCUGGAAAAGCAGUAUUACGGGAGUACAACGGUCGAAUGGAGAUGUUGGGUGACGUAGGAGCCAAGAACUGUUCCUUAAAGAUUGACCCUCUUCGACAAAGCGACAAAGGGCCUUUUCAUUUCAGGAUCGAAAUGCAAGACUUUCAAAUGUUUUCUUACAGUGGCAACACUGUUUCCAUCCAAAUGAUACGUGACCUAAGAUCUGUCAAUAUGACUGUGAAGGAAGAAACGGACAAUAACAACAUGAUUGCAUCCUGUUCUGUCACACACUCAUGCCCCGCAUCUCCCCCGGUCUUCUCCUGGAGUUGCUCUGGACAACAACAAUAUGAAGCACAAGUGCUGACCAAUGGUCAAUGGAAAGCUACUUCCACCUUGACUUUUACUCCCCAUGCUAACAACAAGGACAAGCAUGUGGAAUGUUCUGUGACAUACAAGGGAGGACAGCAACAGAAAGAAUCCCGCCCCCUAAACAUCAAAUAUGCACCUGUGGAUGUCAAAGUUGAAUACAAAGUGGACGUCAAGGAGGGAGAUGACGUGCGCCUGAAAUGCAGCUGUGACGCGAACCCUCCUGCCAGCAGCUACGAGUGGCACGACGACCUGGGUGCUCGCCUUUACAGAGGGCCCUCCUUCAAUCUGCUUAAUGUGUCCAGACACAUGGGUGUCCUUUACUGUACUGCCAUCAACGUCAUUGGGAAAACUCAAUCAGGGCCAUUGCAGCUUGAUGUGGCAUAUGCCCCUGUUAUUAAAGCUUCUUCCUGUUCCUCAGAGCGAAAUAUGGUCAAGUGUGUGUGCAUUGCAGAGUCCAACCCCCCCAGCAGUGUCCACUUUCUGCUUCCCAACGGCACCGCUCUACCAGAACCCGAAGUAGAGAUACAAAAGCCACUUACCAACGUGACUCUGCAGACACUUUUGCCUUCUUUUGGCUUGGUCUACUGUGUGGUGAAGAACAGAGUAGGCAGUGCACGCGUCAACAUCACUUUAGCUGGAAAAAUGCCAGAUCUUUAUAUUUAUAUUAUCAGUGCAGCUGGAGCAGUUGGGGUGAUGAUGGUGAUAAUUGUCAUAAUAGUGAUGGCGAAAAAAUGUGGGCGAACAAGCAACAUAUCUGCUCUGCAGGCCCAGAAAACUGUGGCUCCCCUUCAAACUGUCACAAAAGGAGCAAGGAAAAAGGCGUCGUGCGGUCAGACAAGCAUGUACAGUGAUCAUACCUAUGGAAACUUGGGAGAGGUUGAGUGGACUGCAGACUGCAAUGCAAUUUACAGCAACCUGUAAAAUGGACCCUUGACUAUGAUGUCAUUAUUAUUAUAGCAUUAUUUUGUGCAAAUAUAUUAUUUUUGUCUUACGUUCCCAAUUAAAGGGGAACUUAUUUACCUUUUGGUACCUGUUUUUGUGUAUCUGAAAUCUGCAUAAGUAACAAAAAUGUGAAAUCAAACCAUAGAGGCAUGGCAGGGAUAUUUAUAAAACAAUCGUGUCUUCCUUCAUACUUCCUCCAAACGAGCAUUCUGGAAAUUGUCCUAAUUUGUGACAUUUUUCCGAAUUGUGACGUCAGCGGAUAUCGCCAUAUAUGGUAGAAAUGUAUCCAAAGUGCUUUGCACGAGUCCGCCAUUGUAGUUCCUUCUUUUCUUCUAUCCUCGUGUUGUGGGGCAGACUGGCUCGUGCAUGCACAUGCAUCCUCCGCUGUUGCCAUUACUAAUACAAAGCAGCGUAUAGUUCUCACUUAUAUAUGUCAGUAGGUUUGCUAUGGAAGCGCUAAAAACUACAACGUGGCUGACGGGGAAAAGUUGCCGUCUAAGUGGAACCAUGUCAAUAAAACCGCCCACAAAACAGCGCAUCCUGAAGUGACGGUCAGAAAGCAGCUGGAAAACGGUCUGCAGAAAAAAUAAAACUAUGCAACAUUUGGACCAACAAACUGCCAUUGCAUGUUAUGUAGACCCCAAGGAAGUGUUUUAAAUAUAGGGGAAAAAAAUCAUAAUACAAGGCAAUGGUUUGCAUGAUUUUAUUAUAUGAGAUGAAGCGGAAGAAGAUGGAUGGGAUGGAUGGAUGGAGGUAUAAGUUUCUUUGAAUACCAACACAAUUACUGUAUAUAUAAACAUGUAUUAUCAUUAUUUGUAAAUAACUUUGUGAUUGCUGUACUUGCAUUACUUAUUUGUUAGUAGGCUGCCUUAUCAAAAAUCCAAUCUGUAUUUCAACACUCUUGAAUAAAAU